AUGACCAUCACAGCGUGCGUCGACUACGAAGACCCAACGGGCUACGUACAGCCAAAGAUCAUUAAAGCAUUACAGAAAUAUGAGCCGGACGUCGAGAUAACGGACGAACCCACCUCCCACCUCCAAUGGUCCGCCUACGAAACCAUCGACUGGGACCACAUCCAAUCAAACCCAACUACCUCCCUAGCAUGUUCCUACGUCAUCCGCAAAGCCCUCAUCCGGAAACAUUACCUCUCAAACACGGUCAGCUCCUGGCUCGUCAAACACCCGGAAAGCGUGUUGGGGAGACAUGUGCCCGAGACGUACCACCUGGAGUUGGAUUAUGUGGAGUACUUGGAUGAGGCGUUGGAGGAGAUGUAUGAGCUGAGACAAAGUUUGGAGGGGAAUGAGGAGAGGGAGCAGGAGGGGAGGGAGUGGUGGAUUUUGAAACCCGGGAUGUCGGAUCGCGGGCAGGGGAUUCGGUUGUUCAGUACUUAUGACGCAUUGGAAUCAAUCUUCCAAGAAUUCGAACCCGAGUCCGACGACGAAGACGACGGCUCCUCCUCCUUCCCCACAACAGGAGAGGACAAGUCCGACACAGGCGUCAUCACCUCCCAACUCCGCCACUUCGUCGUCCAACGCUACCUCCCAAACCCCCUCCUCCUCUCCCUCCCCGCCACCGGCCAAAACCACAAAUUCCAUCUACGAGUGUAUGUCGUCGCGGCCCACGCACUCCGCGUCUACGUCUAUCGGGACAUCUUGGUGUUGAGCGCUUCAGAACCAUAUACACCCCCAAAAGCUGCAGCUGGAGAGGAUGGAGAUGGAUUGGGACUCGAGGCUCAUUUGACCAACACAUGUCUCCAAUCAGGUGAGAGACAAGCUGGAUCCGUUCACCGUUUCUGGUCACCCUCAACGCUCCUCCCACACAAAGAUGCGAUAUACGACCAAAUCGCCGCCGUGGUAGGUGAGGUGUUCAAGGCUGCGGUGGGCAGCCAACGCAUCCACUUCCAAACCCUCCCAAACGCGUUCGAGGUUUUCGGACUUGACUUCCUCGUAGCAGAAGGAGAUGAGGGGACUGGCGUCCCUAGGGUGGAGUUGUUGGAGGUUAAUUCGUAUCCGGAUUUUAAGCAAACGGGAAAAGAACUUGGAGAGGUUGUGGAGGGUUUGUUUGAGGGGGUCGCUGAGAAGGUUAUUAGACCAUUCUUCUGUAAGGAGGUCGACGUCAGUGGGGAGGGGGAAGAGGGAACGGAGAGCAAGGAGGAGAGGAUGAGGUUGGUGUAUGAGGAGGAUUUGAUGGGGGGGUGGUAA